AGUUAGGAGGCGGCGGCCGGUAACCAGCCGGGGGCGCUACAGCUGCGGAUAAGGGCGGGCCGCUUGCGCUCGCCAGGAGAACCCCGCAGGCUGGAAACGGAACUGAGACAUGUCGGAGCGGCAUUGAGGAAGCUGCCUCGGCUUCGCAGCCCCGGGAGCGGAGUGGGCGGCUCAGGGCUACGACGGAGGAGCCAGCUGCGCUCAUUCCCGCAGGCCCCGCCGUCAAAGAAGCAGGAAGAGAACAGCCGCCGGAGUGGGCGGUGGCAGCAAAGGAAGUGGCUGCGGCGGCGGCAGGCUGGAUCCCUCCCCGGGAAGAUGAGGCAGAGGCCCGGGGAGCUGAGCGGGCUGAGGUGGGGCGCUUUCCUCACAGCCGCCAGGACAAGAUGGCAGCGGCUGAGGAGGCGGCGGCAGCAGCAGAAGCAACAACAGCAGCAGCCCGGGGUUGAGUCGGGCCUGGGAGGCGCCUCCUUGUAGUAGCUCUCCGGUCAUGCCGAGGGCGGAGGCGGCGGCGGUGCUGGCGGCGGCUGCGGGGAGUCCAGCGCUGCCCGAUCUGUGAAGGUAUGGCCUCACAAGUCUUGGUCUAUCCAUCAUAUAUUUAUCAAACUCAGCCAAGUGCCUUUUCUAAUGUGAAGAAACUGAAAGUGGAGCCAAGUAGUUGUGUAUAUCAUGAAAGAGCCUACCCGCAGCUCUAUUUGAAUGGUAACAAUUUUGGAAUCACUCAGCCUCCCAGUAGGGUUGGUGCUUUCUUGCAAGCUACAAAUAUAUUUGACAGACCUCAAAGAGAGACUUUUUUGUUGCCGACCAGCACUGUUGGUUUAAAAACUAUUGCAGGUGCUACAAAAAUCUUAGCAGUGCAGUCACAGCGACCUCAAGCGGAAGCACCUUGGCCUGGGACACAGGAAAGUGAGUUGAACAUCUUGGACCGUCCCCAGCAAUGUGGAUUGAAGCGUAAGAGUGAAGAGUUAGAAAACCAGAGUGGCGCAAUGCAGAUUGUUGAUGAACUGCCUAUAUUGCCUGCUAUGUUGCAAACAAACUUGGGAAACCCAGUGACAGUUAUGACAACUACUGCAGCUUCAAAACCAAAUGGUACCGGUGGUGAUGGAGAUUAUCAGUUAGUGCAGCAUGAGGUAUUAUGUUCUGCGAAAAGUACUUAUGAGGUUCUUGAUUUCCUUGGGCGAGGGACUUUUGGCCAAGUCGUAAAGUGCUGGAAAAGAGGGACAAAUGAAAUAGUGGCAAUCAAAAUCCUGAAGAAUCACCCAUCUUAUGCACGUCAAGGACAAAUAGAAGUGAGCAUAUUAGGAAGAUUAAGUACAGAGAAUGCUGACGAGUUUAAUUUUGUGAAAGCCUAUGAGUGCUUUCAACAUCAUAAUCAUACUUGCUUAGUUUUUGAGAUGUUGGAACAGAAUUUGUAUGACUUUCUGAAACAAAACAAAUUUAGUCCUCUUCAGCUAAGGGUAAUUCGGCCUAUUCUGCAACAGGUGGCCACUGCACUGAAAAAACUAAAAAGUCUUGGUUUAAUACAUGCUGACCUCAAACCAGAAAAUAUUAUGUUGGUGGAUCCAGCACGGCAGCCUUACCGAGUUAAGGUAAUUGACUUUGGAUCUGCUAGUCACGUAUCAAAGACAGUCUGUUCAACAUACUUGCAAUCUCGCUAUUACAGAGCACCAGAAAUCAUAUUGGGUUUGCCAUUCUGUGAAGCCAUAGACAUGUGGUCAUUGGGCUGUGUGAUUGCUGAACUAUUCCUUGGAUGGCCACUAUAUCCAGGAGCCCUUGAAUAUGAUCAGAUUCGCUACAUUUCACAAACACAAGGAUUACCUGCGGAGCAAUUGUUGAAUCUUGGAACGAAGACCACACGAUUUUUCUGUAGAGAAAAAGAUGCACCAUAUUCUGGUUGGAGAUUAAAGACAUUGGAAGAACAUGAAGGUGAAACAGGUAUGAAAUCCAAAGAAGCCCGGAAAUACAUUUUCAACUGUUUGGAUGAUAUAGUGCAUGUGAACAUGGUGAUGGAUCUAGAAGGAAGUGAUCUUUUGGCAGAGAAAGCGGACAGAAGAGAGUUUGUCAGCCUUUUAAAGAAAAUGCUGUUGAUUGAUGCUAACUUGAGAAUCACUCCGGUUGACACACUGAGCCAUCCUUUCGUUACCAUGAAGCACCUCCUUGAUUUUCCUCACAGCAACCAUGUGAAAUCAUCUUUUCAUAUCAUGGAUGUUUGCAAGUACCGAUCAAAUUCAUAUGAGAUAAGCAAUUGCAAUAAAACAAUACAUUUGGGACCAGUUGCUGCAAGCAACACACUAGGUCUGAUGCCCAAUUUCACCAAGAUUGGCGCAGUGCAGAAUCAGACAUUAGCUGCAACAGCCCAUGCAGUUAUGCAUCCUGGGAUACCCUUACAGGCAGGAACUGCUCAGUUUGGUUGCAGUGAUGCUUUUCAUCAAACACUGAUUAUAUGCCCCCCUGCUGUCCAAGGGAUUCCUGCUAAUCAUGGGAAAGCCAAUGGGUACUCUGUGAGAGUAGAUAAUGCAGUGCCUUUGGUAACACAGGCGCCAACCUUACUUCAAAUAAGAGGAGUCCUCUCUCAGACGUGGUCUAAUAGAAGCCAGCAGCUAUUGUUUCCCACAUGGCAACACAUAACUCCUGUGGCUCCUGCUACAACACUUGCUUCUGAUUCUGUGGCUGGCCCACAGAGGCUUGGAGAAUGGGGGAAAAUGAUUCCUCAUGGUAACCAUUACAACUCAAUAAUGACCCAGCCACUCUUAACCAAUCAAAUAACUUUAUCUGCUCCUCAGCCAAUCAGUGUGGGCAUUGCACAUGUAGUUUGGCCUCAACCCACACCUACCAAGAGAAAUAAAGUGAGGAAUAAUGCAUUACAAAAUACCAAUAUCCAAUCGACAUUUGUAUCUCCAAAGAUAAUUAAUAUGAAGACUGAUGAAAAACUAAGUUUGGUAGAAACGCAGGACAAUCAUAAUUCAGAGAGGCAGGAAAACAGCUAUUGUAUGCCAUCUGUCAGGCAGGAUCCUGACCCAUCUGUUUCAAACAAGCAGCGCCAGGCUAUCAUCAUUGCAGAUUCCCCAAGUCCAGCAGCCAGUGUGAUUACCAUCAGCAGUGACACAGAUGAAGAUGAUGCAAUGCAGAGGCAUUCAGUUGCAGAAUGCAAAGGAAGUCUUGAUUGUGAAGCUUGCCAGAGUACACUAAAUAUUGAUCGUGUGUGUUCAUUAAGUAGUCCUGACAGUACUUUGAGCACAAGCUCUUCUGGACAGUCAAGUCCUUCCCCUUGUAAAAGAUCUAACAGCAUAUCAGAUGAUGAACAGGAAAGUGGCUGUGAUACUGUGGAUGGUUCUCCCAGCUCUGACUCCUCAGGCCAUGACAGCCCAUUUCUAGCAAAUCAUUUUUCAGAAGCUUCUAAUAAAAAAACAGAAACCAGAGCCUCUGCUAACCUAGAAGCCAAACCAACUGUAUGCACUGUGGUUGUGCCACCAAUGAGGAUACAGAACAGGUUAAAUGUCGACGGGCAAAUGACAAACUCAGUUAAUACCUGCCAACAGCUGGUAAAACGUCGAUCUGCUCGUGUAAAAACCAACCAUUCUUCUGGCUUGGGUAAUCGUCAGCGAAAAUUUAUGUCAGCAUUCCAUCAGCAGCAUUCAAACCUCAGUCAAGUUCAGCCAUUUGGAUCUGGGUCUCAGGAGUGGAAUGGAAACUGUGGUCAUUGGAGGCAGCAGACAUUCAUCCCAAAUAAUGUUGCUGGUCAUGCAUUCUCUCUUCCACAUGGAAGUCCCACUCAUACUUCAGUUCAUGCACAAUUGGCUGGAAAUACACAUCUUGGAGGACAGCCUGCAAUUCUACCUUACCCAUCAUCUGCAUCCCUCAGUACUGUUGCACCUGUGGCCCACAUUUUUGCAUCCCCAUGUACCUCAAGACCAAUAUUACAUCAUCCCGGUUACAGUAUUUCUCAUCACGGUGGCAUAGUUCAUCAGAUCCCAGUGGGCAUAAAUCCCCGACUAUUGCCUUCUCCAAACAUUCAACAGACUCAAUAUAAACCAAUUUUCCCACCACAUUCUUACAUUGCAUCACCUGCUUACACAGGAUUUCCAUUGAGUCCAACAAAGCUCAGCCAAUAUCCAUUUAUGUGAGAUUCAAAUUACAGUAUGCUGUCAUAUAUACAUACACACACACACAUACAUACACACAC